AUGCACCACGAGUUCCUAGGCGACCUCUUUGAGGAAGAGGUGCGGUCCGCAGGAAAGGCGUUCAUGGCGAUCGGCGCCGUCGGCUACUUCGCCGCGCAGGCGGAAAAUAGCACACUCUUCAAGCGCGAUGAGGUGCAGUACGCGAUCGACGCGUACCUACCGCAGGGGUACGACCGCAGCGUCAUUGCUGCACGCUCCAACCAGCUGCUGACGAAGAGCUUCAUGAUGAAGGCGCUUCGUAUUGACAGCGUCAAGGAGGAGAUGCGCCUCGCAGCCAAUCGUGAGGAGAAGUUGAGCUGUUUGGCGGAUCUGUUUCAGUUGACUUUGGUGGGAAUGCUUAGCGCUGCGCACGUGCACAGCUUGACCAUCGUGUUGCACGUGAUUAGGAACACGGCGCUGAUACUGGUCUAUGUGCUCGGCAAGCGAGAGGAAAGUGGCGGCUCGCGCGGUAGGGCGAUGGUAUCAAAGGUACGCUCCUGGUGGUCGGGUGGCAUGAAGAGCGUCAUGCUAGAAUCAAUUGUUGAAAGGAUCCAACAGGACAUGGGGGGCUCACCCUUUGCGCAAGUGGUUGAUGAGGAAAAUGUGGUGGCCGCGGAUAUAGAGCGAUGGUUCUCUGUAGAGGCACUGCUGCAGAUUGCUGUCCCUCGCGUCGUGGAGUCGGCACGUCGGGUGGUGAAGACCGCGCUGAAUCGUCGUGCACCGCACGUCUUUAGUGUUGCCGGCAUUGUCACUGGGCAAGACAUGCACAUGUUGCUGGAGGAGAUAUCCGAGGACUUUGAGUCGUGUGUGGCGUGGUCGGAUUGGCUAACGCCGCCACCACCAGCACCGGAGAGCGGUAACGGACUUGGGGGCAGUAUUGGCGGCAAGGGCGUGGUGGUGGUAGAGCCUAUCAGCGACGAUGACGACGACGACGACGACGACGAGAGCGGCAUCUUGGAGUUCCCCAUGGGCUCCACUGCACUACCGCGCGACCACAGCGCCGCCUCACGACGUCAGCGCGACCGCAACGUGGUGGCGAGCGUGUUUGGCCUGCCGGGCGACGAGAGCCCCGCGGAGGCUGCCGCGCGGGAGGCGGAACGGCGGCGCGAGACGUUGUUGCGUGACCAGGCGUCUGGCUUCUUCCACGCGAUUAUUCACAGCGACUCGUUCAACGAGAUCUGCAUCGCCUACGCAGCGGAGGUGCUGGAGGGGGCCACAGCAGCAGCAGCGGAUCUGCGGCACGUGCGCACCUACGACGAGGGCACGGACUCGGCGAGGAUGCCGCAGGUGAUCACGUCGUUGGAGAGCCACCGCCUGUCGCUCUUCGACCACGACUUCAACGUGCGGCCCUACCUCCGCCUGCUGUGCGAAGAGACCAUCCGCGCCACGUGCCGCCUGUCGUGA